CGCUCUGGACCGCCUUUACAGAGAACGUGCGUUUCAAACAUUUUUUUGAGACUACCAGUGAGAUCUCCAGCUGCCGUUUUGUCACGUUUGACGGCUGUUUUUUUCAAUUUAUCGUCCCUUAAUUUAUCUUUUCACAUACACACACACUGUCACAUCUGGAAUCCCACACAUCUUCACGGUCUAUACUCGAUUCCUUUUAUGUGAAUGAGCGUGAUCCACUCCUGACUAUCAGCCUGCAAACCAGCAGCAUAAACACACAAGCAAACAUCCAACAGGAGUGUCAUCCACCAAAAGCUGAAAGGUACAUUCUGCGCAUUGACAACCAGCCAGCGAGAGACACAGAUAGCUACUUCUGCAGCCUGUAAGAUAUUUAACUGGCCUGACCAAACAGAAGGGCAGCCAUGUUGAUCAUCUUAGCCUUCAUCAUCCUCUUCCAUGUGGCUGCAGCCAUCCUCCUCUUUGUUGCAACCAUUCACAAUCGUUGGUGGGUGGUGUCGCCAGCCGGACGUGAUGUGAUCUACGCUGACCUGUGGUACUCCUGUAACUCCACCUGCUAUCCUGUGGAGAACAGCCAUACGGCUGAUGCAGCCUAUCUGCAGGCCGUCCAGGCAACUAUGAUCUUGGCCACCAUCUUCUGUUGUGUCAGCUUCUUUGUCUUCAUCCUUCAGCUCUUUAGGCUCCAACAGGGAGAGAGAUUCAUUUUCACAUCCAUCAUCCAGCUACUGGCCUCUCUAUGUGUGAUGAUCGCAGCGUCCAUCUACACGGCUCAAAAAAAGAGCUUUCAUGUGCCCAGUCUUCAGGAAGGCUCCUACGGCUCCUCCUAUGUCCUGGCCUGGAUCAGCUUCCCCAUGACUCUCAUCGGCGGCCUGAUGUACCUGGUGCUCAGGAAGCGCAAAUAGAUUUGAUGGGCUUGAGGCACAGGCCCGCAAAUAUUCAGAGAUAUAAACAGGAACACUUGGACACAUUUGCAGACAAACAUACACUUUGCCUUAACAAACAUGCACCCAGUCUCUCUCUAACGCUUAGAUUGUAUAAAACCCUUGGAGAUAAAGAAAUACAUGUACACCACAAAUCCACAUUCAUUUCCAGUCUCAGGUUUGGAACCAGGCAAUUCACCCAUAAAGCGCACAUUUUUGUCCACCUUACACACUCAAAACGAAAACCCAAUAAUCACACAGCUUUCUCCUUCCUGGUGGUAUAUUGUUCUCACUGAAUGUACUCACAGAGAUGCACGAGGACUCGUGCAGGAGUGUGUUCAUUUGACGAGCUGUGCUAUACACUUUUUGUUGUUGAUCAGAAUGCCUCAGAAACACUGCUGACAGUCGACUGGAUAGUCUUUGUAUUCAUGCAUGACAGCCGCUAAAUAUGUUUCUGGAAACAUUUAAGGUGAGAAAUACACCAUGAUUCACAUUUGAUCUGCAGUAUGAAAAGUGUAGUCAUAUUUUGCCAGCUAGGUCAACUGUGCUGGAUAGAUUCAUUUUCAUGGAGUUGAGGUCAAAUCUAACACAAAUGCACCACACAGGCGCCUCGCUGCAUUCAGCACUCACUCACUGCUCUGCAUAGAAAAGGCCCCUGAGGCUCUUUGCUGCGUUUAGUGAGAACAUGCCUUCGCUAUCCUCUUCUAACUUUCCCCCUGAGCCACCACACAAUUGUUCCAACAUACUGAUUUGUCUCUUCCUCUUGUUUCAUUGUGUCCUGCUUCCCACCUACCAACUCCAUUCAUAGGAACCUGUCUGAAAUGUCCAAUCACAAAGGAUAAAAACUGAAGACAA